AUGGCCGCCUGGAUUACCUCGCCGCGGAAGUUGCGGUUGAUUUAUUUUGCUCUGGUAUUUGUCACAGUGGUGGUGGUGAUUUACUCCGAUGCCAUUGAUAGGUUACGAUUCGAGUUUGUCGUCCGUAAAUAUAGUCCCUGUUUGCCGCAAAUCGAUGAAUCGUCAGGUCCUUCGGGCCCGAUCCAGAACGGUGAUCAAUCCGCACUGCCAAACUGCGAAACCUUUUCGACGAGCCCGUUUGCGCGGGAUGGUAUCCAAGUCGUAUUGAAGAUUGGAGGAGCCGAGUCACGAGAACGGCUUAAGUCUCACGUUGAUGGCGUCACGGCAUGCAUUCCGAAUCUCCUGGUUGUUUCUGAUAUGGAGCAGGUAGUCGGUCCGUUCCGCGCCCACGACGUGAUCAGAGACGUGAUGAACGUCCUGUCAAGAGAAGAUCGAAAAACGUACCAACGUCAACGAGAAAAUUACUGUUACCGUAAUGAUAAGGAGCCGAAGCCUACUCCGGGAGGCUGGAAGCUGGAUAAAUACAAGUUUUUCCCAAUGGUCGAAUAUGCAUAUCGUCAAAAUCCACAUGCCAAAUGGUACGUGUUCACUGAGACUGAUACAUUUGUUAUCUGGGACAAUCUGGUUCAGCUUCUGGGUCGCUACAAUUGGACCGACCCUCUUUAUAUGGGGUCGCCAACCCCGGGAAGGACGCUGGGGCAGGAAUGGGGCGGACGGAAGAGCUUUUUUGCCUAUGGAGGCUCUGGCUUUGUUCUUUCGGCGGCAGCGAUGGAGAUUCUACUCCAAGGACAAGCGGGGGACAAUACGGACGGGUCGCAGCUGUUGACGUCUAAGUAUCGGAAAAUGAUUAGAGGAGAUUGCUGCGGGGACUCUGUUCUAGGCUGGGUUGCAGCUCAGCACCGUAUCAACGUGACCGGUUUAUGGCCGAUGUUCGACCCUGCCGCUGUACAUGACACGCCACUAGGACGAACCUCUUGGUGCCAGCCCGCCAUUAGCUUCCACCGAACCAAAGCGCCGGAUACACUGAAACUGUGGAGAUGGCUGCAAGAGAAACGGAAGGACGGAAUGAGCCUAGGUCGUCCUAUACUGUUCUCCGACCUUGUCGAUUUUCUUGGGAUCCUAAAUGUUGCUUUUCGGGAAGAUUGGAAAAAUACAAACGCCGCAACCUUCGAAAAGCAAUUUCUUGACUCCUUCGAGUCUUGUAGGGCAGCUUGCCACGACCACCCGGAAUGCCUCCAAUUCAGCUAUCACCACAGACGAUGUCACCUGGUACGGGAAAUAGAUUUGGGAAACCCCGCAGAGCCAGAAGGAGAUGGCGACUCGCAACACAACCGCUGGCUGGCCGGUUGGGAUGUAGAAAAGAUCAAAAGGUUUCAAGAGGCACAUCCCUGUGGGCAGGUAGACUGGCCAGCGCCGAGUUUAGACCGGAUUUUCUAG